UUUUUUUUUUUUUUACUUGGAGUGAUUUCUGCGCUCUGCCGUGGAGCUUCAGAAGACAAACGAGCGGAGAAGAAACAAGCCGCGUUUACGCACCGCGCGCGCAAAAACGCGUCGUUAGUUUUUGCAUCCAACGUUUUACGGGAAUUUGUGAAUGAAAGCGGCUGAGGAAGAGGAGGCGGCGCAGGUUAAGUGGACGCUGCAUCCAGUGUAUGGGUUGCUUUCUUUAAUGCGCAAAAAAGAGACGCGUUUUACCUCAUCGACCGAAGCCCUUUCGUCGGGCAGACUUUUGCGCUGUUCUGGCGGGGGGAGCUGCAAACUUUCUUCAUUUUAAAAAAUAAAUAAAAAGCUCAGAUUGCAUUCUUUCCCCCUCCAAACAUUUUGGAGGUGAUGUCAUCGGCCCGUGUUUUGGCUGCUGUUGCGCUGGAGCUUCAGAAUUGAGUCCGGGAAAUCAGGUGCAGGGAGCUGCUGUCGCGGGUGGCUGCGAGCGUGUGCCUUUCACCCCUCCGCCUUUCCUUCUGCUUUCCUUUCACUUUCCCCCCAUCAUCAUUUCAUUUCCCCGUCUCAGCAGCCAUGACCGAGCACGCUCCACGGUACCCGGGGUCCAGCUCGCCGCCUCUGCGUCUUCAUCGCUCCAUCCCCGUCCAGGUGCUUUGCCUCCCGCGGCGCGUCAUUUCGCCCGUGGAGGAUCAGCAUUGACACAGACUCUCUCGCGUGCGCAUGCACUCCACGGAAUUAAUCAGUUUUAAUCCUUAUCUGUGGAAGGACAUUUUCAGCAGGAAAAGUUACGGUCGGACUGAUUGGAAACCUUUUGCUGGCUGUCAGGAAAGUUUUUAUGAGCGGAAACUGCGUAUAGGUGUGGGUCGCGUUUGAACUUCGAUUCACCUGUUCGUCAGACUCCGGAGGAUUCAGCUGCGCCCCGCCUCGCCCCGCCCCCUGCCCGUUACCGACCGCGGACCGCAGCCAUCCGUAACGGCGGUGGUGCGCUCACACCCCGCUGACCCCGAGCCGCCCGUUGAUGGUGAAAAGAUGCAGUCCACCGGCGCCAGCGGGAACGUCCGCCGACCCUGCAUUCAAACGGAUUAAACAAACCGGACAGACGUGAAGCCGUGAUCCGGAGAGCCGUUUCUCAAGCGCGCACGGAGCCACACGGACGCGGAGGAAGCGAUGUGGGCCUUUCUCUCCACGGUGGCUGUCUUGUAUAUCCAGAUGAUGCUGGUCAUGUGUAAUCCUCUACAGGUGUUUGGAGUGGAUGGGGUGAACUUUAGUGUGCACGUGGAGAAUCAGACUCGUGCACGAGACGCCAUGAGCCGGCGACAUCAUCGCGUGUACCAGCUAUACAGCCGCACCAGUGGCAAACACGUCCAGGUGCUCGGACGCAAGAUCAGCGCCCGCGGAGAGGACGGAGACAAAUAUGCCCAGCUCGUAGUGGAGGCAGACACCUUCGGCAGCCAGGUGCGAAUCCGAGGGAAGGAGACCAACUAUUACCUGUGUAUGAACCGCAGGGGAAAGCUCGUAGGCAAGGCCAGCAAUCGUAGCGCAGACUGUGUCUUCAUAGAGAAGGUUCUGGAAAACAACUACACGGCGCUAAUGUCAGCACGCUACACAGGGUGGUACGUGGGCUUCACCAAAAAAGGGCGCCCUCGCCGUGGUCCGCACACGCUUCCCAACCAGCAGGACGUCCACUUCAUGAAGCGAUUCCCGCCCGGAGAGCAGCCGGACUUAAUGCCGUUCCGCUUCACCACCGUCAGCAAGAGGAGCAAGAGAGUGCGUGCCGCGCGGCCACGCUAACGCGCACGCCAAUAUCCCACUGCUAACGUUUACAUGAGGACUAGGAAUAAACAAAAAGACAGUCCUACUCCACAGUCCAGUGAAAAUGACACUGCUAAUGCAAAGCAGGACCGUCUUGUCUUGUUUGACCAGACAAUGCCAUGGCAUCACUUUAUAUUCCACUGGGUUGGACCUCUACAACCCUAAUAAUAAAUACUAGCUAAUUUACACCAGAGCUGUGGUUUACGACAGCUCACUUCUGACACGGAGAUGACUAACCAAAGCAAACACAAGCAAACGGCCGGCCCAGCGCUCGGGCGGAGGAAGCGUUAGGCUGGACAUCCAAUGAAGACACGCAACAAAACACAACCACGUUGGCCUGUAGAUGCUGAUCGUGUUGCAAUUUUCCUAAGACAAGACUUGGACGUGAUCCCGCCUAAGGGAGAGGAGCAGAUACACCUGAAGAAUUAAUGAAAGAAAGAAAGAAAGAAAGACAUGGACAUCCAAGAGAGAAACAGAUAAGAGAAAGGCUACUGUUAUAUGGGAGUGCUCCUUGGAUAAGACCUGACUUAAAGGACACGGUCAGCCAAAAAUGGAAACUUGGGCAUCAUUUACUCACCUCAUGUCACUCUAAACUUGUUUGCGGUUGAUGUGUCUCUUUUUCACACAACAGUUCAUAGUGAUCAUGUUCGUCAAGCUCUCGAAAGCACAAAAAACACCAUAACAAUGAUCCAUCCCACACAUGCAUCAUAUUCCAGGUCAUUCGAAAUCAUGCAGCAAAAGUUAUUAUUAAUUAUGAAUGUUUUAUUAUUAUUAUUAUAAUAACUUAACAAAUGCAUAGCUCUUGUCCAUACAACAACAGCUCAAUAGACAAUUAUAACUUAAAUUUGCAAUGAAACGAUCAAUCUUCCGUAUUGUGAUGUACAUUCAAACGUGUGAUUUCUAGACUUGGAAAAGUCAUGGAAAUUAACAAAUAUUUCUAUAAUGAAAACAUUUUUAUAGUUAUAUCGAGCGCUAAAAUAUUUAAUUAUUUAAUUAUUUGAAUAUAGUAUCUAUCCUAGUUUGAAGGUUGGAAACAAGUAGCAUCAAAUGUAUUUUCUUCUGUAUUGUGAUGUACAUCUGAGAUUAUUGUUGAUCAGUUGUUGAUUGGCUGUUGAGAUGUGGGCGUGGCUCUCACUUGCAGGGGCGGAGUUUAAGCACACUAAAUAAUUGGAGA